CCUGCCCCGUCGUCACGCUCCUUACCCGUCCGCGCCCCACCCUGCCCCUUACCCUCGCGCGCAACCCGCGCGCCCCCACUAGCUCGCACAGUCGCACGCGCGCGCAGCCACCCAUACGCAGCAGCGCACGCGCACGCGGGUGCACGUGCGCCAGCAGUACGAAUAGCAGCCACGCACUGCAGCUGCCGUCCGCACGCACGCUCGCCACCCGCGCACAGCAGCGUCAACACGCGCACAGCAGCGUCAACAUGCGCAGCAGCAGCCGCACGCGUUGCAGCAGCCGCACGCGCUGCAGUAGCCGCGAGCACGCACGUCACUGCACGCGUGCGAGCAGCAGCCUCCCGCGCACGGAACAGCCAUUGCACGCACGGCUUCAGCAGCAGCUGCACACUCCUCUGUAGCCACUCGCACGCACGCCCUGCAGCAGCCGCAACCACGCGCGUGCAGCGGCAGCAAGCGCAGCACCUGCCUCCGCAUCUGCAGCGAGCGCAGCAGCUGCAGCCCGUGCUCCAGAAUCCGUUUCUAACCACUACUAUCCGCCCCUACCAGCUCCUCACCACUCCUAUCCGCCUCUACCCGCUCCUCACCGCUCCUCACCGCUCCUAA